GAGAGCAAAUAGUUGAUGCAAAAGUGAUCCUCCGUUCGUUCCUCCAGGUGUCCAAGGAUGUGAUUACAAUCGUGUCUGCACUUGGGUCCCUUUUGUUUAUUCCAGUGAUGCAUUAGUAUGACGUUAUACAGUAUUAUUACACUAAUUUGUCAGAAUACCAUAAAUAUAAUUUGACUUAAGCUGAACAUAUUUCCUAUAAUAAUGGCACAAACCAGAAUAGAUCAGUUCUAUAAAGUUACAACUGGCAACAAAAAUUCUAAAAGUGUAAACGGCAACAUCAAAAAGUUGCCUAAUAAGAGAUCUAGAAGUUCAGUUAUUGGUAGAAUGGAAGGUAAACUAGUAUCAGACAAUUCAAGAACUCUUGUACAUAAGAACAACAAUCAAAGUUCAUAUAAAAUAAAUAAACAAAAUAGAAAGCAUGAUAAUGUCUCGUUAGACAACAGGGCAUCUCCUCUUGGAAAUAAUAUGAAUAACAGUCCAAUUAUAAUUAUAGAAAAUAUGACAGUAAUGUCACCAACCACUAAACGUUCUUCUUCUCCUGAUAUAAUAUAUAUUGGAAGUCAACAACGUACUGUACCAUGCAGCAGUAGAAACCGCAAGUCUACUACAUUUACUUCAAAAACAUCAUCUCCAAUAAAAAACAUGAUAGAUGAAUCACCACCUGCAAAGAUACCGCGCAGGAAACUAUUCAUAGAUGAAGCCAAGUACAGUCCAGCUAAAUCAUUUGAUGAUAGAAUCGAGAAUAGUCCAACUAAAAUUACAGAAAAUAAAAUGUCGCCAACUAUUAAAUAUACUUCUCAUGUAGUAUAUAUUGAAAGUCAACAAUGUGCUGUAUCACGCAGUGGUACACAAUUUACGCCAAAGAAAUCGACUCCAAUAAAAAAUGCGCUAGACAAGUCGUCAUCCAUGAUGAGAGCGCGAAAGAAAUUGUUCGAUGAUAGAAUUGAGGAACUGAUAUCCGCAACAAUAAAUAAUCUAAAUUUAGCCAAAGAAGGAGCCAUUGCUAACAAUAACAUUGAUCUGGAAAAGGUUUACUCGAGUAAGAGAUUUAACUAUAAAUACAAUCCCAUAGACACUACAGUUUCGACAAAAUACGAAAUUAACGAUGUAGUUGUACCUACGGAUAAGAAUUCGCUGCAUUUCUUCUUAGCUGUUGUUACCGUAUUGUCUAAUCCAGUCAAUUGCGGAUAUUUCGAUCAGGACGAGUUGGAUUUUAUAUUUUCGAUGAUUACUCUUCAAAAAAGUGCACAAGCGUUACUGAUACGUAUGCUGAAAAGGAAGCACAUGUGGCACAGGAUAAACAAUAUUAAAUACGAUGAGAUAUCAAAUGAUUUGAAACCCAUCUUUGAUGAGCUUGUAUCACGAUCUAUGUUUAAAAAUAACAUUGAUGAAGAAGAGGUAUCUGUUUUACUGAACUUGUUGCAAGCCGAUGAACUUCGCAGGAUUUGUCGGGAAUCAAAGAUCAAAGUUUCUGGAAAAAAGUUGAGUAUUCAAUCGAUUCUGACAUUCUGCAAAACAAAACCAUUGUUUCCUGGAAUGGUGACUCCUGAAACGAAACUACGCGCGUCGGUCAACAAGCUUUUGGGGAAUUGCAUAUUAUUAAACGACAAAGUAAAAGAAUUGGUUGAUAGAAUAAUUACUUUGCUGAUACCUAAUCGAGAUCCUACCGAGACGUUGGUGGAUGUAUUUCGAAUGUUGUGGAGCGUUGAGGCUGGUGAUACAAAGUUUCCAGAUGUAGCCAAAAGUGACCUGCCUAUCUUUGUCAGCAAAAAACAUUUGCUAAAUUAUAUUGAGGCUAAAAAUACGUUAAGUAAUGUAUUGACGGCAAUCGAGAAAAAACAAUGGGAUACCGUAAAAAAUAUUGGAAAUUUAGCUGCACAACGUUUGCCGCUCUUCUUAGAGUCGGAAAGUUUUCAAGAUUCUAGUCUGCCUCAUCACAUCAGGCAUUUUAUGCCAGGUUACAUAUGGCUCAAAGUCUUGUCGAAAAGCAUCGAUACAUUUAAAAAGUCCAAAGAAACGCUACUACAGGCGCUGACAUUUUUGCGAAUGUUAAUAGAGCAGAAUUGUCAUAUGAAACAUAGAAAAGGCCAGUGGUACAGUGAAUUGAUCAAGAUAGAGAUGUUUCAUAGGAAAAAUUUUGAAGCUAGUUUCUUAUUCUUAUCAGAAGCAGUGUUAUAUCAGAACCUGACUGAAGUUGAUAAAUUAGACUUGUUAGAAAGAGCAAAAAAAAUUGAUAGAAGAAAAUCUGGCAUUGACAAAAGGAUAAAAGAUGCUGUUAAAAUGUUGAUUAAUGAAUUUAGCAAAAUACAACUUACAUUUCAGAAUUCCAAGACGAUAGAAGGAAUAUUAUGCAAGAAUACUUCACAGAUAAAGAGCAGUUGGUGUAUCAGCAAGGGAAUAAACCAAGUAUAUGGUUCGGUUGAAAGUCUAGCGUUAUAUCACUACAAAAGCGAGGGAUAUAUCAAAGGCGUGCAUUGUGAAGGUGCCUUUCCAAUCACCCUGUUCGCAACAUUAUUUUGGAAUGAAAUUUAUAACAUAAACGUUCCCGGUGCUUGGGUGUCGUUGUAUCAGGAUGCGCCGUUGGAUUUGUAUACGUCAGAAUUUUACGAGAAUAGGAAAAAAGAAAUUGACAAGAAGAUUCAAGAUAUUCUAAGUUACGAUUCAGAAACAUUAAGCAAGCAUUUACAGGAUGAAUUCGAGUUACAUUCUAAAUACAGAUCUAUUUCUCAGGCCAAUAUUUUUGAUGACAGUAACAGCUUCAAGGAAGUAGUUUUUUGCUUAGGAGUAAAAGGUGUUAUUGGAAUAUGCGAACGACUCAUUCAUAACUACUCACUCUGGAAAGCUGGGUUUCCAGAUUUAAUUGUAUGGAAUAUAAAUACAAAACAGUAUAAAAUCGUAGAAGUGAAAGGUCCGAAAGAUUCACUGUCAACUAAACAAACAUUAUGGUUGGAUUACUUAAAUCAACUUGAAUUGAAAACAGAAGUGUGCUACUGUAAGUCAAAAGCGAGUUAUUCUCAAGGAUAUAAACGGAAGCAUGAGGAAACUGUGAUAUAACUUUUUCCACAAAUGAUUACAGAGAUAUAUUUUAUG